CUCGGGCCUACAUUUUUGUUGGGACUGGUCAGAGUGAGAUGCCAAAGCUAGCUCUAGUUCUAUUGCUUUUCACACAAUGCAUGGCCAUGCCAUUGUUGCAAAGCACCUUUCGAGAGUCCAAAGAAGUUGGUGAAUGGCUCCAAAAACUCCAUUAUGGGCCUAUGGCAAAGAAAAGGUGACCCGGCUCCAUUUUUACGUUGAUGACACACUAUCAGGGAAGAACAUAAGCGCAGUGGAAGUUGCCCGAGCAUCAAUCACUGACACAUCACCUACCCUAUUUGGAGCAGUAUUAAUUUUUUAUGACCCACUUACAGAAGGCCCUGAAGGCACGUCCAGGCUCGUGGGUCGGGCGCAGGGGCUCUAUGGCUCAGCUGGCCAACAAGAACUAGGUCUACUUGUGGCCGUCAACUUUGUUUUCAAAACUGGGAAAUUCAAUGUUAGCAGCCUGACCAUUUUGGGCAGAAAUGCUGCUUUGAAUCCGCCAGCAGAGAUGCCAAUCGUUGGUGGGACUGGUGUUUUCCGAUUGGCACGUGGAUUUGUGACGGCAAAGAGGCAUUUUCUUAAUGUUACCUCCGGUAACGGUGUUCUCGAGUACAACGUUUUUGCAAUACAUUAUUGAGCAGUAAUAUUAAUGGAGUCUCUUGAGCAA